UUUUUCUAAUUUUUAACUAGUCUAUUUUGCGACGGCUGCAAAGUUUUCAUUGAUUAUUAAUGAGCCAGAUUUUGUUCUGAUCUCUCCUUGAAAAAAGACUGAUACAUUUAUUUUUGCUUCAAUACUCAAUUGUGGUCGUAUGAAAUAGUAAGAAGGUACAAAUUUCAACAUAGAUUUUAUCAAAUGAAUUAUCUGAUUAUUCUACAAGCUACUGUAUAACUGAUUCAAACAACUUAUUGCUAAAAAUUUAUUUGCUAAAGCAAACACGUUCAAGCAUUGUUGCUAACUUUGUUAAAAGUCUCAUAAAUAUUUGGUCAUCAUUUUCGAUUUUAAACUACUAUAAGUUCGUGAUAUAAGCUUUUAUUCAUUGUAAGUUUGUUACACUCUUUCGUUCUCUUUCUGUAGUGUUCAAAAAAGACUACCACAACAACCUGACCAUAACACAAACAAAAACGCGAAAAGGUCCAAAUGAAAAGCCAGCUUCCUCUGACAAAAAAAGAAGCGAUUUCUUCUAAGGAACCGGAUCCCUACCUUAAUUGGAAGCGAUACUCUUCGCUCGUGUUCCUGGCAGUUCAGAACGCUGUUUUGGUCCUUCUCGGAAGAUACUCGCGAACUGCUCCUGGAGAAAAGUACAUCUCAACUACGGCUGUUGUCAGCCAAGAAGCGGUCAAACUUAUUUGCAGUGCAGUUAUAAUCCUGGUAAAUGAGGGAGGAAUCCGCGGACUGUUUUCACAGCUGAAUGAAAACAUCCUGAAAGCACCUGGCGACACGCUUCGAGUCUCGGUGCCUGCGAUUCUCUACAUAGUUUUAAACAACAUGUUUUACAUUGCGCUUUCAAACUUGCCAGCCGCGACUUUCCAAGUGCUGUAUCAAAGUAAGCUUCUGACAACGGCUAUGUUCGCGGUUUUAAUGCUGAGUCAAAGGUUUUCGGUGACGAAAUGGUUCUCACUUUUGAUGUUAGCCGUCGGAGUAGCAGCCGUCCAAAUAGAAACGACUGUUGCAAAAAAUGAAAAAUUAAUUUCAAGCGACGAACAGAAUCCGAUUUUAGGGUUUUCAGCGGUUAUCGUAGCAAGCUUAACGUCAGGUUUUGCUGGAAUAUAUUUCGAAAAAAUUCUCAAGAAUUCAGACGUUUCAGUGUGGAUUAGAAAUAUCCAAUUGGCUUUAUUUGGAGUGUCAAUUGGUUUGGUGACUGUGUUUGUCAACGAUGGCGCGGAAGUUUACGAAUUGGGAUUUUUUCACGGGUAUAACAAAUAUACAGUUGCUUUGAUUUUGACGCAAGCGGUAGGAGGGCUUAUAGUAGCAUGUGUCGUUAAAUACGCAGACAAUAUUCUCAAAGGGUUCGCAACUUCAAUAUCGAUCAUUAUCUCGUGUAUAGUUUCAAUGUUUAUUUUCAGUUUCAAUAUAACUCCUGUUUUUGUAACUGGGACUUGUUUAGUUGUCGGGGCUACAUUUAUCUACGGCAAGGCGAAAUAGACUCAUUAGAUACGCUAAUAGCCUCUAUUCAGUCGCAAAUUCGUAGUCUAUUUUUUCGAAAAAUGAAGUUGAAGAAUUAAAUUCUGUGAUCGCUUGCUUCAUGUUUCAGGCUUCACCCUUAAACUUGAUUUUUUUUAUCACUUGGACUUUGAAUUAGUAAUCAACCUUAACGUGUUUUAUAAUGUAUUUUAUUUGUCUGCAUAAUUUUUAAUUGUACAUAUUUCAAUUUUGCCAUUUGACUUUAAAUUCUCUUUUGGUUCGAAUUUUAUGUUACUACUUUUCAUCGAACUUAGGUUCAAAUAAAUAUAUUUGAUUUAUCCAUUCAAAUUGAGAGAUAAAUUGUUGAAGUCUCGAGUCCGUUCUGAGAAAUUUCGCUUUCGCGCAAUACGACAU